ACGUAAAGCAUUGUGAUGUGAUUCUGUGUUAAGUGGACAGUUUUGAUGCUGGUAUAUUAGAACUCCUGUUUAAGUUCUGGCUGCUGGGGCAGGGUGCUGUGAUGUAGUGCAUUAAGCUUCCAUCAGCAGCACCAGCAUCGAAAAUGGUUGCUCCAUUUUCCAUUCAGCUCCCAGCUAAUGUGCCUAGGUAAAGCAGUGAAGAUGGCCAGGAGGUUUGUUUGGAGUUCAGGCUUCUGGUUUCCUGUGGCCAUCUGGGGGAGUAAAACCAGCAGAUUUAAUCUCUCUCACUCUGUCUAGCAAAACAACAACAAGGAUAUGUGAAAGCUUUUGGGGGCAUGUGGGGUCAUGUAUUUAACCCAGGUAGCCUUGGUGCUUCUUUUCAGUGCCAAUCCCUUCAUCACGACCACAUUUGUCAUGACGACAGUGACAAGAUAUCUCCCGAGGCCAAUUCAGCACCUCUACCUGGCCAUCCUAACAAGGUGAUUUGUGAAAGGGUGAGACUUCAGAGCCUGUUCCCUCUUCUCCCAAGUGAUCAGAACACUACCGUUCAAGAGGAUGCCCACUUCAAAGCUUUCUUCCAGAGUGAAGAUAGUCCAAGUCCCAAGAGACAGCGCCUCUCUCAUUCAGUCUUUGACUAUACGUCAGCAUCACCAGCUCCCUCACCACCAAUGCGACCAUGGGAGAUGACAUCAAAUAGGCAGCCCCCUUCAGUUCGACCAAGCCAACAUCACUUCUCAGGGGAACGAUGCAACACACCUGCACGCAACAGAAGAAGUCCUCCUGUCAGGCGCCAGAGAGGGAGAAGGGAUCGCCUGUCUCGACACAAUUCCAUUAGUCAAGAUGAAAACUAUCACCAUCUCCCUUAUGCACAGCAGCAAGCAAUAGAAGAACCUCGAGCCUUCCACCCCCCGAAUGUAUCUCCCCGUCUGUUACAUCCUGCCGCUCAUCCACCCCAGCAGAAUGCAGUAAUGGUUGACAUACAUGAUCAGCUCCAUCAAGGCACAGUGCCUGUUUCCUACACGGUAACAACAGUGGCACCACAUGGACUUCCCCUCUGCACAGGCCAGCACAUCCCUGCCUGCAGUGCGCAGCAGGUCCCAGGAUGCUCUGUGGUUUUCAGUGGACAGCACCUCCCUGUCUGUAGUGUGCCUCCUCCAAUGCUUCAGGCAUGUUCUGUUCAGCACUUACCAGUACCAUAUGCUGCAUUCCCACCCCUUAUUUCUAGUGAUCCAUUUCUUAUACAUCCUCCUCACCUUUCUCCCCAUCAUCCUCCACAUUUGCCACCACCAGGCCAGUUUGUCCCCUUCCAAACGCAGCAAUCACGAUCGCCUCUGCAAAGGAUAGAAAACGAAGUGGAACUGUUAGGAGAACAUCUUCCAGUCGGAAGUUUUACCUACCCUGCCUCAGCUCAUCCCCCAACGUUGCCUCCAUCGGCUCCUUUGCAGUUCUUGGCACAUGACCCUUUGCAUCAAGAGGUGUCCUUUGGAGUACCUUACCCUCCGUUUAUGGCUCGGAGGCUCCCAGGCCGGAGCAGAUACCGAUCCCAGCAGCCUAUCCCACCACCCCCUUACCAUCCCAGUUUGCUGCCAUAUGUACUAUCAAUGCUACCAGUGCCACCUGCUGUGGGCCCAACUUUCAGCUUUGAAUUGGAUGUGGAAGAUGGAGAAGUAGAAAAUUAUGAGGCCCUGUUAAACCUGGCAGAGCGACUGGGAGAGGCUAAGCCUCGAGGACUGACAAAAGCCGACAUUGAACAACUUCCUUCCUAUAGGUUCAAUCCUAACAACCACCAGUCAGAACAGACCUUGUGUGUAGUGUGCAUGUGUGAUUUUGAGUCAAGGCAGCUACUUAGAGUCUUACCCUGUAACCACGAGUUCCAUGCCAAGUGUGUUGACAAAUGGCUAAAGGCAAACCGUACUUGCCCCAUUUGCCGAGCUGACGCCUCAGAAGUGCAUCGGGAUUCCGAGUAACCAAGCUAAGAGCACAAAUGGAGUGUGGGGUUCCUCGUCACAUGUACAUAUGGACUGUCCAUGGAACUGACUGUGGCUUCCAGCCCUCCCUUUACCAAAAGGGUCAAUGGACCUUUCUUUGCACUGUGUGACUUAAUCAACUAUAAAAGCUUACAAUUAGUCUUCACAA